AGAGGAAGUUACGAGGGAGCAAGGGAGCGAUAGAGAUGUCUCUGGUAGACUACGGUUCUUCAUCAGACGACGACGUUUCAGGCGCCGAAGAAGAAGAACCCCGUGACGAACCAGAACAAGGCCCAAAGGACAUUCCCCACCGUCCUGUUCUUCCUCAUAACCGGGUAUCAGAAACACCAUCAAAUCAGCAAGCAGACAGUAGUGCUGCGCACUCAUCAGAGCCUUCUAUUGAGAGACUUCCUGAUGCUUCCCUUCUCUUGAACUUGCCUGCGAUUGCAUCUGGUCUGAUGAGUAGUAGUGAUCACUCCUCUCGAGUUGCUGCCGCUAUGGCCGAAAAUGUAUCACGCAAGAGAGACUCGAAGGAUUCAACUUUGACUUCCUCUCUUCCCCGAAGUAAGGUUCCUAGAGGGACCCUGCGCCAUUCCAGGAAUGUUCCAGAUACUGUUGGUGGCGUGUUAGUCCCACCCCAGCUAAAUGGAAGGAGCAACGUUGUCACAGAAGAUAUAGGGAAGCUUUUUGUCAGAAAGCAUGCUGAGCCCUCAUCUCAGUAGAGGAUCUUCAAAUCGGAGGUAGUUGACACUGUUGUAGGGAUAAUGUCACUGUUCAAACAUAUGGUUUUUUUGAAGAUUUUGCAUUUCUAGAAUGUAAUACUCCCUAAAAUUGUGUUUAUACCCUUAGGUUGUUAUAAGCUCUUGCUGGAUGAACUGUUGCAGAUAGUUCUUAUGGUGUCAAGUAAUUGUUAAGUCA